CAACUCAUUUUUCUACUGAGCCGCUCCGCAGUCGGUCGAAGUGAUUGUGUUCAUUAAAUAUUAAAAUAAAAAUUAAUAUAAUACCCAUCUAAAUGGAGCGCUACAGGCUUGAACCCGUAACAGUAGAGUACGAUCCGAUGUGUGAUAAGGAGAAGCCACAGAAAAUAUCGUUUGAAGAUGUAUCUGCUGCUGCUUAUAGGAUCCAGAGCCAGAUUGUUAAAACGCCAUGCGUGAAAUCCCAUAUGUCUAACACGUUUGGAAUGGACAUUUACCUGAAAAACGAUUUUCUUCAACACACUGGGAGUUUCAAGGAACGCGGUGCACGAAAUGCUCUCCUUUUAUUAUCAAAGGAGAAUAAAACUCGUGGCGUGAUUUCUGCAUCACUUGGUAAUCACUCCCAAGCCCUGAGUUACCAUGCGAACAACCUGAACAUUCCCGCCACAGUCGUGAUGCCCAACGUGGCUCCGAUCAUGAAGAUAGAAAAGUGCCGGUCUUAUGGGGCCAACGUCAUCAUCCAUGGACAUGACAUGAAGGAGGCUAAAUAUCAUGCCAUGACCCUAGCAAAAGAAAAGUCUCUGAUCUAUAUCAACGGUUAUGACCAUCCACACAUAAUGGCGGGACAAGGCACGGUGGGUCUGGAGAUCAUAGAGCAGGUGCCUGAUGUGGACGCCGUGAUAGUGCCCGUGGGAGGAGGCGGGCUGCUGGCUGGCGUCGCCACCGCAAUCAAACAUCUGAAGCCUCACGUUCUUAUUUACGGUGCGGAGACGGAGAAGUGUCCGAGUAUGGACUAUGCGAUGAAGCAUGACGAGCCAGUCUCCGUGGAGAUCAGAUCUACUCUGGCGGAUGGUCUGGCUGUGCCCACCGUCGGCUACAACGCAUUCGCCACCGUCAAGGAUUGCGUCGACAGAAUGAUAACUGUGAACGAGGACUGGAUAGCUCGCGCCAUCCUGCGUCUGAUUGAGCAGGAGAAGUACGUGGUGGAGGGCGGAGGAGCAGUCGGAGUGGCAGCCAUCAUGGCGGGUCUCGUGCCAGAACUCAGCGGCAAAAAGGUGGUUUGCAUUCUCUCUGGAGGUAACAUAGACACGACUAUUCUGGGCCGAUGUUUGGAGCGCGGUCUGGCUGCAGAGCAACGUCUAGUAAAGUUCAAAGUGACAGUGAGUGACCGGCCCGGCGGCAUCGCAGAGCUCUGCAAGCUCAUCUCCUGCACCGGAGUCUCCAUCAAGGACAUCAUACAGGAACGCGCCUGGGUUCAUGGCGAUAUCUUCAGCGUGCGGGUGAAAGUGGUGUGCGAAACUCGUGGACCCGAACACUUGGAGGAGUUGCGCGGAGUGAUAGCGACUACUUACAGGGAAUGGGAUUUCGCAGGCGAAUAUGAUGCCUACCCGCGCCGCAACAGCACAGAGUCUCUCGACGAUGUCUCACAUUAACUUACUAGCAAUAUUCAAAAUAAGUACUAACUGCAUACAGGGUGUAAGGAGAACGAUUCCAAAACACGAGUUUUAUAGUCAAAAAAGUAAAACAUAUUCACAUUACAUAAAAGAAUCAAUUGUUCAAGGCUGAUGUUGUGUGAAAAACACGAAGACAAAAACGAUUACAAUGCGUUCUGCGUUCCGUUUACACUCUGUAUAUUGUAUAGUGUAUAUGCAUUAGGUUGUGCUAUCAAAUGCUUUUCAGAUACAUAACUAAUAUUGUAAAAGCAAGAGUUUUUAUUUAGGUAUUUCUUAGUUCUAUUUACGUGUGGUUCUAAAAGUAAUUAAACAAUUAAAAAAAAAUCUGAGGCCUUAGUACGGAUUUGUUUCACGUUUAAAGUAAUCGAAAC